AUGCCCGCGAAGAUGCUUGGCCGCACAAAGACUCAAGCGAAGAAGGAAUCGGGCAGGGGCCUCUUUUCCCGCAAGAACGCGCCAAAGGCAGACGACUCGCCCUCAGACUCUCCCGAGGAGAAGGCCUCCCUCAGCCCCGCCCAGUCCCGCACCAGCAGCGGCAAGGACAAGGAACGCGCCAGCGACGACAACGCCCAGGUCUUCGGUCUCCUCGCAAACUCGCUCAUCCCCGACCCCCUGCCUGAGCUCCCAGCAUGGUUCCACACAGACUCAGACGCAUGGUCCGCCAGCUCUCCCGCCUCCAUCCGCUCACGAUAUCCUAUGCACAACACAGCUGGCCCCCGCUGGUACCGUAAUCACCACCUCUUCCCCCCGCAGGACAACACCCCGCCAUCACAAUUCUCCCCCUCCUUCCCUCCCAUGCCUUCCGCCGCCGAGCGCUCCCAGGAGUCCACCCGGGUGCCAGGGCUCAGCAGGACGCCCUCCGAAUCACCCUCGCCCACGCCCAACUCCUCGCAGAUCCGCAUCAUGGAGCCCAACGGCCGCGUCCGCACACGGAAGAUCUCCCAAAGCGAAAACGCGGACCUGCUCGACAACAGCGAUCCGUGGGGCAUGCAAUGGCAUCACGAAUCCCCGUACGAUAUCGGCCUCAACCAGGAGCGCGGCGCGUCCCCAGACGCAGAGAGUCCCACGGAGCCGCGCGCCCGGCGCAUGAGCUUCAAUGCCAGCACGUCCCGCCACAAGACCGUCACGCCCUCCCCGCUCUCGCAGUCCACCUCCGCCAUCCACCUCAGCGUGUCCGACCCGACCUCCGCCCACAUACCCCGCCGCCUCAGCAAGCGUCGCAAGCCAUUCGUCGGCAUCUUCGGCCACCAGAGCCAGGACAACUUUCACGCGCAUCCCAAGGCUGCUUCCGCGCCGCCCGACGGCACGUCCUUUACCGAUGAUGUGCAACAGAAGAUGCUCCGCCGCAAGUCCACCGGGCCGCCCAUUGCAGCCUCUGCGUCCAUGGCGUCUCUCCACCCCGACUCCUCUGUCAGGGAGAAGCACAGCAGCUUCAUGGGUCGCCUUGCGCGCCGCUUCAGCGUCAUGCGCAAGCAGGAUCCCGUCGCGAUCAAGGUCGAUUCGCCCACAGACAGCGCGCCUACGGAGGCGCGCAAAUCAAUCGUCAACGGCACGAAGCGCGUGCCCGCGCCGUCGAUCGAUGGAGAGGGCGAGCUGCGGCCGCGCGCGUCUACGUCAAUUUCGUUCGAGGGCGCGCCCGCGCCCGGCAGGCUCACCAUUGCGAACCCAGACGAGGGCAUGUCUCUGACAGAGUCGCCUGCUGCGGUGGAGGCGGCGCUUCCGCCCGUCGAGGCGCCACAAUCUGAGGUGCACGCGUCUGCUCCCCAGGAGAGCUCGCCCACCCCAGAGACCCCCAUUGCGCCUACGCUCUCUGCAGAUGUGCCGGCGCCGGCGCCUCCCAUGUCACCGCUGCCGCCUCCCACGAUGCUCGCCAACUUUGAUCACUCCCUCCCUCCCACGCCCACGACGACCGCGAGGCCUCUCUCCACCUCCACUGACGCGCCCUCGCAGAGUGCGAACACGACAUCCUACGCCGCGUCGGUGUCUGGCCUGACCUCCGGCUUCACGAACUACGACCCGUCAUCGACUUCGUUGAUCCCCGACGAUGCUGCCCUUGCGCGCGCAUCCAUGGUAGCAAACCCACCCACGCCCCAUCUCACACCCUUGGUAAUCUUCCCAUCCCAGUCGAACAGCUCGGCGUCUGUCGUUCAGCCAGCCGUGCAGGAAAGCUCGAAGCAUCGCGACGGUUCUCCGACCAAGGCGAAGGAGAGCAGCCACCGCAAGUCGCCGAGCACGACGCGCCGCCGUGAGACGGAGACGUUCAAGCUCGUGCGCAGCCCAUCGGGCAGCGUGCGUUCCCCGAACGGCGACGUGAUCACCGGCAUGGGUGAGCAGUGGGAGGUCGUGGAGUCCGCGGACAGCCCGAAGCGCAGCCGCAAAAAGGAGAGCUCGAAAUCGAAGGAGCGCGACGGCGAGGAGGCCGCCGAGCCCCGCGCGCAUCGGCGCCAGCGCUCGACGAACGAGCCGCCUGCGGUCGAUCGCACGCCGUCCGCCGCACGCUCUACGCGUACACCCAGCGUGGACACCGCGCGACGACGCCCAACCUCAGACUUCCAGAACAGCGCGGAGCUCAACGCCAUGCGCGCGAAGGAUGCGUGGGAGAUGGACCGUCUGUGGAAGGCGCGUAGCAUGGCGAUCGGGCCCGACGGCGCCGCGGUCGUGCAGACCCCGCCGACGAUUGUGGACGGCUCGGUCGUGAGCGACGGGCAGACCGCAGGCUCGAUCCCGAGCGCGCUGGACCUGCACCGCGCGACGAGCGCGCCGCAGCCGACGCAGCACGGCUCGAACCACACGUUCUACGCGAUCCAGCCGGCAGCGGUGCCCCCGCCCCCCGCAGGUCUCCCGUUCGUUCUCCGACCGCAUUCCGUUCCCUAUCAAAGACCGCAGUUCCGACCCUCCUUCUCUCACGCGUAA